AUGGUUAAUGAUAAAUGGUUAGAUGUUAUGCCUCAAACUACUAUUGAGAAUUUAUCUUCUGUUGGUUCUGAUGACAGUCCUAUGUUGAUGGAAAUGACUAGAGUUAAUGAGAGCCAUAUUAAAUAUUUCAAGUUCUUACAUUUUUGGGUCUACAAUGCCACUUUUCUUAAAACAGUACAUCAGUGUUGGGAAAAGGGAGUUACUGGCAACCCAAUGUGGAGAUUACAUCAAAAAAUGAAGAGAGUAAUAGCCACUCUUAGUACCUGGUCUAAACGUGAGUAUGGAGAUAUCUUUACCAAGGUCAAGGAGUUCGAAGAAAAUAUAAGGAAUUCUGAAGCAGAACUUAUGACUAAUAACAAUGAAGCUAUUAGACAGAAUCUUCACCAGAAGAAUGCAACUUACAUUAAGUAUUUGAAAAUGGAAGAAUUUGUUCUUAAACAAAAGACUCAACUACAAUGGUUUAAGGAUGGGGAUGCUAAUACCAAAUACUUUCAUGCUUUGAUGAGAGGUAGAAGAAGGAGGCUAUUUUUACAUAAAAUUUGUACUGAAAAUGAGGUGUGGAUACAGGGUGAGGAACAAAUUGCUCAAGUAGCCUGUGAUUAUUGUCAACAAAUGUUUACUGGUCAUACUGAGAGAAUAGAUGAAAGAGUUCUACAACUCCUUCCUACAGCAGUCACUCUUGAACAUAAUGAGAUCCUGCAAGCAUUACCUAUUAUAGAGGAACUCAGACAAGUUGUGUUUGCUAUGAACCCAAACUCAGCUGCAGGACCAGAUGGUAUAGGGGGUAAAUUUUAUCAAGCUUGUUGCAGUAUCAUUAAAGAAGAUUUGAUGGCAGCUGUACAAUCUUUCUUUUGA